GUUGUCCGGGAUAAAUCUCAAUCUUACCAGGGUUUCACAGUACACAGUUCCGUGCGUUCGGCAUGCCGUGUAUUUGGAUACGUAUUAUCACAACAGUGCUAAGGUUUAAGCUUUUAUUCCUGCCUGGAUAUUAUUGACUCGAGCAUUGGAUAUGUGCACGCGGGAUGGUGAAAACCCCUUUCCUCCCCGCAGAAGUAAGAUAAAAUAGGGUUUCGCAUACAUUGGAUUUACUCCUCUCGUUCCAUAUGAAGAAGUCAAAAAUUUGGAUACACGUCUGUGUCCAUUUAUUGCUCUCCAUCACGCUUGGAGUUUACUCAAGUGAAUUUGUAAACCCUGUGACAGAUGACAUCACCAAACUUUCACAAUUAAAACAAAAUAUUCCUAAAGAUUACAAGAUUCCUGUGCAUUACAUUCCAAAAGAAGAGAGUGGAAUGUGUUGGGUGAAGCUAAAUAUCUUCUACUUGGAGGAAAGUUUAAUAGAAUUGUCACUUAAGUUUGGAAAUAUAUCAUCUAACAAAUAUGAUAUUAGCAUCUUCAUCCAAAUGCUGCAAGACAUACGAUUUAAGAUGAGGCCUUUGGAGGCUUUGAUGUUAGAUUUUGAGUGCCACUACAGAAAGGAAAGAUGGCAGACAGGGCGUUACUUUGAAUUGGUGGAAGAUUUCCUCAGAACAGCAAGUCAAGAAGAAUCAAGGAGAGAUUUGACAGACUGUGAGCCACCUUCCUGUCCCACAAUAACAACGACCACAACAACAACAACAACAACAACAAAAUACUCAACAGUCAAGACCACAGACUGUGAUGACUCCACACGAAACUGUAAAUCAUGGAAUGAGCCACUGAGGUUCUUGCCUGACGGUGUGGAGCAAAGUCUACUGUCGCUACUACUGCUCAUUCCAAUUGCUGCCAUUGUGUUUCUUUUAGUGUGGAAGGUCAAAGCUAGGAGGAAUGAUGAUUCACCAGGUCAGAACUCCGUAGACGGAGUCUUAUUCACAGGGACGGAAGGGAACUCCCACCAACUAACCGAUGAAAGCUCUGAAAGAAACAGAUUGACCGUCAUUGAGACCGUGUAACUGUUAAACCUUGUUGGAAAUUGGUGUCAAAAGGAAUCCUAUUGAAGAGCAAGAAAACGACACAACCAUAAAACUGACAACUUAAUUUCAUCUAUCUGAUGAACGGCCUAUUGAAUUGAUGUUUAUUGGCCAUGAAAGUUUGCACAGACACGGAAUUUACUUUUGGCAGGAUAGCCUACCUAGGC